GUAUUGGUAUAUAUUAUAAUACACUAGUAUUAUAAAAGAAGAGCAUAGAUGGACUCUCGAUAUAAGACGACAUUGUGUCUGCAUUACGCCAAGCACGGUAAAUGUGAAGCGGGGUCAAAUUGUCAUUUUGCCCACAGCAACCGCGAAUUGAGAUCAUUUGAGAACGUUCUCUACAAGGCACAGCUCUGCACUGCAUAUGAGCAGGGAGGUGUUUGUCAAAUGGGAGAUGACUGUCUUUUUGCGCAUGGCGAAAACGAGCUAAGAAGUGACGAUGUUACCAUAAGCAGUCACAGUCCUAAUCAGUCGCAGAUUAACCAUUUGAUUAUUGGCCCGGACUCAGAGAAUGAUCCGGGAAGGACUGAAAACGACAAGAGAGGAGGAUUUAAGUCCGCUCUUUGCAUGCAUUUCUCUAAACACGGAAGUUGUCAUAUGGGAGUCAAAUGUACUUUUGCCCAUGGAAAAGAAGAUCUGAUCAAUGUAAAAGCGCCAGAUACGAAUGACCCGAAGUACAAGACGAAAUUGUGUCUAAGGUUUGCACAGGACAAUUUCUGUCCGAGUGGAGACUUCUGUGUUUUUGCUCACGGUGAGUCAGAGUUGAGAGGGGCUACCGACGAAAGUACGAAACGAUCUCCUCUGUAUAAAAGUACACUGUGUCACAACUUCUCAACUCUGGGUGUUUGUCCGAGUGGCCGAAACUGCGCUUUUGCUCAUGGGAGAUAUGAGUUGAGACCUGCUGGAUUUGAUGGAGAUUUUGACGCAAAAAUUCAGGAAAAUCCAAAAUGGAAAUGCUCUCUGUGCAAAAUCUUUCAACAAAAUGGACAUUGCAACAAAGUGAAUUGCGAUUUUGCGCAUGGUGACUCCGAGCUGAGAACUGAGAGUCCUGAGAACCCUCGCAUAUUAAGAAGCAAUUACAAAACAGUGAUGUGUCACAACUGGACUACCCAUGGACACUGUUAUCAUGAGGAGACUUGCACUUUUGCGCACGGCGAAGAGGAACUUCAGAAGUUCAGUGGAGGAAGAGAUGUCGCCAGUGCUCUUAAACUGAUCCGAGGUGGAGCUACCGUGAACCCAGUCAUGCGCAACAAGCGACCUGGAACAGCGGGUAUGAGUCAAAAUGGUGGCAACUCUGGAAUGAUGGCAAGUCAGCCACAGCCGAUGUCAUUCCAGAGUGUUCCGAGCGUUUCGAAUGAGCAGAAAUUGUUUGCAGAGUUUCUGGAGUUCAAGAAGUUCAAGGAACAAACAGAGAAUACUGGAGUAUUCAACAAUAACUUGCACUCGCGUUUGGGUCACAUGGGUCAGCAGAGUCAAAGCCAGUCCAGCAACGCCAUGAUAAUGUCCAGCGGGCCUGGCUAUGAACCGAUAAAGGUGUUGAAUAACGUCACAGGACGACAAGUGGCCGUCACCGAGCUGAUGGCGAAUCGCGGAGGACUGGGAAGUGGUCGCAACAGCAACGGAGGUUUCGGUAGCGGCGGCGGCGGCCGAAUGAGUACUCCGAGGAACCGCAGUAGUAACGGGUUCGGGAUGAGCAGCAUGAACGACAAUUUCUCGAGCCAAGCUCAACAAGAGAUGGAUUAUUUCUGAUGCUUCAAAACUGAUUGCUAGACAUCAGUGUGUGAGCAUUAACAUAUGAUCCGAUGUUAAUUAUUAAGCAUUAGUAGCAUUUCAAUUCUGUUUAAUUUUAAUAAUAAGUGUUCAACCCGAACGACGAACAAACGGAGGUGCUGAAAAUAAUUUUAAUGUCUUAUGUUUGAAUAUAUAGACAGAUGGUUUACUAUGCUAAGCAUAGUUAUUUCGUUUCAAAUCGAAACUGAUAGAUACAGAAACCUUUAAUUUAUGAUUAUCAUGUUUAUCUUGAACCAAAUCUUUAGGUUAUGAAUACUUUAUUUGUGAGAUAUUUAUCUUUCCAGAUUAACAUUUAAUGUUUUAACUAGGAAGCAUUGCAUUCGCUUUCUUGCAGUUUAUGAAGCGGUUGUAGGGCAUCAUUUUUGAGCUAGUGAGUUGUGAGUACUGAAUUGAUUAUAUAUCAGUAAUAUUGAUAUUUAUUGGAGAUAAUGACUCGAUGCUGAAGUCAUUUGGAAAUGUGAAACAAAACUGAUCGUGAAAGAAUGUAGAAAAGUUACCUGAAAUUUCACUCAAAUACGCAUUGCAGUGAUUUGUUGUUGAUAAGUUGAAUGCGAGAAGUGAAAAGGAUACCCACAGAAAAUGAACAUUUAACUGUACAACAAGUGAAUUCUACCAUUACUGAC